AGUGAGGAAAGGGUUCUGAGAGCCUUGGAAGUGAUAUUCGUGAUCACCGCGAAAUUCUCUAUCGAAUGGUGUAUGAAGUGUCGAAAAAUAAAUUUCACUGCAAGGCUGCCCUGGGUGCAUCUUACAUCUUUUUCUGCUUAGCACUUUUUUCUCACAUCUCGUCACAUGGUAUAUAUAAAACAAAACAAAGGAUACAGCUAGAAUGCUCUGCAUCAGUUUGAAGGUCAAGUAGAAGUAAAAAUAGUGGAUGUAGCGUAAUCCAAUAAUAGUCUCAUCUAUUUGCAUUAACUAGCGCAAUCGAGAUUAUAAAAAUUAUACGAAUUUAAUAAGUUUUGAGAACUAAAAAUUCAACAACAAAAUUAAGAAUAUGUCGCAUUUAGUCAUCUAAAGUUUGUAUUUAGCCUUUCAAUAACACAUCGAAAUCGCAUCGUAUUGUAGCGCUCUCUCUUGCCCCUAUUGAUGAAAAAGUAUAAUUAUUCCUUUCUCCGUAAAGACAAACUCGUUAAGAGAGGAUAAAAUUUACUGAUAUAAGUUUAUUUAUUCCAGUUAAAUCUAAUCUAGGUUGCAAUAAAAGAAAAACAAGUUGUACAAGACAAUUAUCCAGAAACUAGAACUCGAUACUAUUUUCUUGAUUAACCAGUCCAUAUGGACUCAGGAUCAGGUUGGAUUAUCAUGUCUGUGGUCAACAUAUAUCACUAAAUCUCUGGGUCGGGUUAGGUUGAGUCGUCAUUGUGUUUCACUAGUGGUCAACACUUCUACAUCUCUGGGUUGUGUUUGGUUUAGUUGUCAUGUGUGCCUUGCAGUGUAAAAAUAAAGUGCUUCUGAGGCGAGUAAAUUGGGAAAUAUCUGAAAAUCCAAGUUUUUCGACCCCCACUCCGGUCAAUUUGCACUAACAAGGAUGGGAAACGGUUGGUAGAAGAAAAUUUUGGCAAAGUUUGGCAAAGAUAGUUCCUUCGCUAUCUUUUGCGCCUCACUUUACUAAAAAUCUCCGUUAGGAAAAUCAAUUAGAAAAAACUUUUGGGCUCUUCAUCGAAACUCGUCGGUCCUAAUUAAGAAAUAUUUUCACGUAUAGAUACCGGACUGCGUGGAGAUUCACAAUAUAUAUUGUGUUUGUGUAUGACUUUGUUCAGUUUGGUGAAAAAUUAAUUUUCUCACAGAUGUGUUUUAUCGCUAACUUAGCUAUUUUUCCACACUAUUUCAGUUUAGUAUCAAAUUAUUUUAUGCCAUCAGAUAGAGCAUGUUUUGAAGUAUAUUUAGCACUGUUUCAAUCGAUAACAAGUCGACUUUCGUUUUUUCACCUAAUGCCCGCCUAGAUACCCACUGUGGGACGGAUGUACAACUGAUGACCAGUAGUAAGACACAGCCAGACAUGACGAUUCAACCUAACCUAUUUAGGGAUGCAGAAUUGUUGAUCACUAGCGAAACACAGCUAGGCAGACAUGAUGACUCAACUUAACGUAACCCGAUCCAGAGAUGUAGUGUUAUACGUGAAAUUUUCAUUUUCAUUUUUCAUUUCGUAACAGAAGAUCACGAAAUUCGCGGUCAUUAUUCAUUACUUGUUGCAGCGAAAAUGAAUGAAGAUGGAACCGGUGCUAGUGACUGCUUAUCAAGUUUAUUCGAUCAUGAAAUGAUACCACGUCUUUUAAUACUGCAGUCUGAGCUACAGUCGUAUCAGCUUCUGAAUAGGGAUGCAAUGGUAACGGGUGACAACCGGUUAACCGUUACCAGUCUAACCGGUUUAACGGUUACCGCUACCGAUCCAACCGGUUCUGUGAGUGAUCUGCUUGUUUUGAGUUCCGGUGAUUUUGCAGAAAUGCAUGCACGUGUAUUUAUUUGA